ACCUCCUGCCACUUCUGGAACAAUAUUAUUCCAUUCCGUAAGUGGCGGACCCACUCUUAGAAGUCGGCCUCAACUAUGUCCUGGUUAACAACUUAACGAACUAACAUGUGAUUAGCUUUAUGCCCUAUGACAUGAUACAUCCGCCAGUGUUGAGUCUGCAAUUAGGAUUUCGGGAUGGGAUGGGAUUUUAGGAUGGGAAAUGGGAAAUGGGAAAUGGGACUCCUGUCCCUAAAUUUGUGUUAGAAUGGGAAUCCCGUCCCAUCGUGUCCCAACGGUCAGCCUAUCUGCAAUUGGUAUUAACAUUGUUUACAAAUCCUAAUAUAAGAUUCAUUUGUAUGAAGCUGAAAACGGCCGUUUGUGUUAUAACAAUCCUCAUGUAUUCUACUUUUACACAAUGUACCCUUGGCGUAUUGAUUUCAUGACUUUCUCUAUAUAUAUAAUGAGACUAUAGGCCCUAGCCUAACGAACAGGAAAGUCUCCAGCCUCAACCAUCCUCUCUAUCUCGGUCUUCUGAUACAGUACUAAUACUAUCCUUACUAGCCAGAAAAAGAGAGGUCCUGCCGGAACAGCUCAUAAUAGACCUGUUACCAACAUAACAAUCCGGACUCCCACAUCAUUACACCGCCUUGUACAAUGAGGGCCAAAGAACACCUCGAUUCCUCGAACAAGCCAUUGGAGCCAUAGUUGCAUUACAAUGACCCUGUGAGUGCUUUUUGUAAAAGUUAAAAGAUAAAAAAACAUUAAUUGGAAGUUCAAUGAAUAAAAA